UUCCAGCUUCAGCUCGAAAGAAGGAAAUCCCAAAGAAAAAAAUUCCCCCCCGGUCCUUUUCUCUCUUCCGUCUCUCCGAACGAAAUCUUCUGCUCUCUUGCCCUAAUUGGAUCCUCCCGAGCCCUAAUUUCUACAACUAGCAAGCGUCGAAGCCCUAAUUCUCCGUGCCAUCGCUUGAUUUCUUCAUCUCCGAGUUCCUCCGAUCCCGCGACACCUCCCGCCGCUACAGUGCUUGGGAGAUCUCGCUUCGAUUCUCAUGGCUUCGGGGGUUAGAUUCGUGACAUGGACUAUGAAGUUCUAGAUAGCAGUGAAUAAUAUUUCAAGAAGUAAAAUUUCAAGGAGAGGACUUGUUCCGGGGAAUGGAAGGUCUGCUAUAGGUUCUAUCACUCACUCUCAUAUUUUCACCAACAUGGAAGCCCAAAUUCACAGUCUUGAGCAAGAAGCAUACGCUUCAGUUCUUCGUGCGUUUAAAGCUCAGUCAGAUGCCAUCACCUGGGAAAAAGAAAGUUUGAUCACUGAGCUUAGAAAGGAACUAAGAGUCUCUGAUGACGAACACAGGGAACUCCUCUCGAGAGUUAACGCUGAUGAAACGAUUCGAAGGAUAAGGGAGUGGAGGCAGGCAGGAGGACAUCAAACUGCCAUACUCAGUACGUCUCAGCCCAUUCACGAUUUGUUACCAAGUCCUACAGUUUCAGGAUCUCGCAAGAAACAGAAGACAUCCCAAUUGGUCCAGCAUCUACCGAGUUUAUCGUCUGUGAAGCCAAUUCAGUAUCCUCCUUCAGGUCCUGCAAAUAGCAGGCAGUACAAUAGAAGUGCUUCUGCUAUCAUCACCACUAAUACAUCUGCUGAGGCAGAUCCGCUCAUUGGCAAAAGAGUAUGGACGAGAUGGCCUGAUGACAACAGCUUUUACGAAGCUGUGAUUACAGAUUACAACCCUGUGGAGGGAAGGCAUGCUCUGGUCUAUGAUAUCCAUACUGCCAAUGAAACCUGGGAAUGGGUUGAUCUCAAAGAGAUAUCACCAGAGGAUAUUCGAUGGGACGAAGACCCUUCUAUAUCUAACCGAAGGGGCCGUGGUGGCCCUGCCCCUAAGAAGUCUUCCGCCCGCAGUGGUGGUCCCCCAAGUUCCGGAAGAGCGAGGGUGCCCACAAAGAGCCAACCUAGGAAAGAAAACUUGCCUUUGCAAAAUGGUGCUUUGAAGAAGCUUCCUGAUGAUAUCGAACUUUUCAACACAGAUUCAUUAGUGAAGGAGGUUUGUGUUUUGAAUAUGUUGCAUAUAGAUACAAAGCAUGAAUAUGUUGCAUAUACACACAUCAUUUACAGGGACAGCAUGUUUCUUUGUUGGAAUGGUCAGGUGGAGAGGGUCUUUGAUGCGAGCAAUCCCAACCUUAUGGAGAUCGCGAAGGCGAAGAAGAUGCUUAAAGAGCAUGAACAAGCCCUCAUUGAUGCAAUUGCACGGCUCGGAGAUGCAUCUGAUGGUGAAAGUGAUGGAGGGCUGGGAUAUGCAGGAGGGCAGCUAAUGGAACAGCUCUGAGGAUGGGCGAUCAUCAGAAAACCUGAUGGAGCGAUAGUAAUUUCCUGGAAGAGGAAUCCCAUUAACAUAUUUUGAGAAUCUUAGCAGCUCCAUUUUGUUCACAGAACAGCUGCAGCUGGGAGUGGCAUUUUAAGUGUUAAGGGCACACCUUGUAAAAAGAUUCUUUUAUUUUGUAGUUGUAGUUGUAGUACAUUGCAUUUUCUCUGUCACCUUGGUACCGGAAUCUUUGGACUUCAAUC